GUUUGAUUUUCCGCCACCAGUUGGCAUCCGAUUUAAAUCAAUUCCCAAUGUUCCCAAUAGAAGAAAAAAAAAUUUGAAUAACUUAAGGCGCACUCACAGCUUUUGUGGAGCAAUUAGAGUAAGGGCGAGAAAACAUAAUUUGAAUUGUCUGACUCUCUUACUCUUAUAGUCUUAUGUAUGGUUACCAUGACAACCUGCAGGCAGGCAGCAACUGACGGUGUGAGUGCGGCAUUAUGAAGCAUUCUGGGAAGUCCCACGCGCAGCAGAAGUUAUUAUUAUUAUUCCUCGAGAUCGAGAUGAAAAGUUUACAUGAUUUUUAACAAUAUAUUCUAUCGCAAUUAACAGGAUUGACAAACAGUACAUGUAAUUGUCAGGAAUUAUCGGAAUUAUUAAUCACUAUAGUGUUUAAAACAACUGUUUAUUAGUUUUCCUGCUCUAAGACAUAAAAUAUGUCAUUACAAUGUUAAAUUGAAAUUCGAAGUUUAUAAGCGAUUUUCUACUUUCAAACUGAAUUUCACAGUUAUUUAAAGAAAAAAUAUCUUUGAAGAAUUAGUGAAUUUCAGUUUUACUAAUUGCGAAAGCGCAUUUAUUAUAUUUUGGUUUGCGACAAAUGUGAAAAGAAAUUCUUCCACGUCAAAUUUUCAACAAAAACUACAAUUCAAAAUGAAUUCCCGGACAAUUCGAUACAAUAUGCGUCAACUUCGUUGUGCCAUCAAUGAGGGAAAUGUAGAAACUGUAAAGGAGCUUUUACAAAAAGAAAUUAACAUUAAUGAUCAGGAUAGGAAUGGAGACACCGCCUUGCACAUGGCAACUCGAAGAGGUGAUGAAGCGAUUGUUGCAUUAUUGCUAGAAUUUCGUGCCGAAAUUAAUUGUCAAAAUAAUAUUGGCGUCACACCACUUCAUGUUUCUGCUAAAAGAGGACAUGAAGAAAUUUGUAAAAUGCUUCUAAUUAAAGGAGCUGAUGUAAAUGCACGAAAUAUUAUUAGACAAACAGCCUUGGACUUUGCAGCUGAAUUUGAACAUGAACAGAUUAUUGAAUUAUUACUAAAGUUUGGUGCCGAAAUUAAUUUAAUUUAUCGAAUAUCUAGUAAAUCUCGUAAAGUUAUUGAUUGCUACUUAAUUAAAAGAAAAACAGCAAAUUUAUUUGUAAGCCAAAAAAAUCUUCUAUAUUUGAGUUCCAGGGACAUGGACAAUGAUUUUCAAAAAGAAUGUGAGAAAGAAAUAUUGUACUUGAAGCAUGAAAAGAUUAGUAAUAUUAAAAUUUCAUUCUUUGACGUAUUGAUUAACCAUUGUUUAUUAGUGAAGUACAUGAAAAAUGAGAACAUUGUACAGACUCUAAAAUCAUUGGAUUAUGAAACAAGGUUUCCAAUUUACGGCAACAUGAUAAACUGUAAUUUCUUAAAGGGUAUGAGAAGAAGAGAAUUACUAGAGCAAUGUUAUCAAUUUUUUCCUCUUUUUUAUAACAACUUCACCGAGUCACCACAAUGUUAUCACGAAAAAACACUUAGUUUUCUAAAUGACAAGGACUUAAGUAUUUUAAUUAAAGCUUGUCUGCCGAUUAACAAGUAAACUUCGUUGGAAAGUAUUUCAGAUAGACGGAUUUUUUUUUGUAAUAAAGAAAAUUACAACGCUC